UCUAAAUUUGGUCAAAGAAAUCACUACAGAAUCCUCGUUGGUAGAGCUGGAACGAGAGUACACGGCGGACAAUAUCUCAAGUCUGUGGAAUCUAGACUUUCGUUGUUUAUGAUUUUUCGAAAUGGAAAUAAUAUUUGCAGUGCGUUUUUAAGAAGAUCUUUUUUAGGAAGCAAUCUUAAAAUACGAAAUAUAUAAACCAAGAAAUAGACCAUUUGGAAUUCAUAAAGCUAUCGAUACCUCAAUAAAGGUGAAAUAAAAAAAACCAGGAGCACUUCUUUAAAACCGACUCCGAAGACCGCUUUCGCUAAAUGCCGGAUGUAAACAGGGUUUUAAGUAACCAGAUCGAUGGCCGUGUAACAAGAGAAUUCACAGUAGCUAUAAAAACGCUCGGGCUACCUAUUUAAAUAGUGAAAUUACGGGAUAAAAACCCAGUUGGAUUUUUAUCAGUAGUGAACGCAUAUUCCGUACUAGAGCCGCGUUAAAUAAUGUUGGAGCAUUAUCUGGGAGGACAUUGUACAGAAUGAUACAGCGAGUUGUCUCAAUGGUAGAGGACAUUGCACUUGGCUAGCCAGCGCGGAGAGCGGAGUGUCAGCCAGCGAGCGAGCGAGCGCCGUCAAAUUCAUGCACGCGGCAUAAGUCAUUGUUAUCCUUUCUUCGCUUGUUUGGUGGAGGAUUUAAAACACCUUUUUGAUGAUUCGAGACUUGAGCAAGAUGUACCCACAGGCACGGCAUCCGGCACCGCACCAACCCGCCCAACCCUUCAAAUUCACCAUAUCGGAGUCGUGCGACCGUAUCAAAGAGGAGUUCCAGUUCUUGCAGGCGCAGUAUCACAGUCUGAAGCUGGAGUGUGAGAAGCUGGCGGGGGAGAAGACUGAGAUGCAGCGCCACUAUGUGAUGUAUUAUGAGAUGUCGUACGGGCUGAACAUAGAAAUGCACAAACAGGCUGAGAUCGUGAAGCGGCUCAAUGCCAUCUGUGCGCAGGUGAUUCCCUUCCUGUCUCAGGAGCAGCACCAGCAGCAGGUAGGUCCAGGGCGGUGGAGAGGCGAGAAGCAGGUGACCAUGGCUGAACUCAACGCCAUCAUCGGGGUAACCAACCCCACCCGCCACGUCUACACCGGCGGCAAGGGCUGCGUGAAGGUGUGGGACAUCAGUCACCCCGGCAACAAGAGCCCCGUGUCCCAGCUCGACUGCCUGAACAGGGAUAACUACAUCCGCUCCUGUCGGCUGCUUCCAGACGGGCGCACCCUGAUCGUGGGGGGGGAGGCCAGCACGCUGUCCAUCUGGGACCUGGCGGCCCCCACCCCCCGCAUCAAGGCGGAGCUCACCUCCUCCGCCCCCGCCUGCUACGCCCUCGCCAUCAGCCCCGACUCCAAGGUCUGCUUCUCCUGCUGCAGCGACGGCAACAUCGCCGUCUGGGACCUGCACAACCAGACCCUGGUCAGGCAGUUCCAGGGUCACACAGAUGGGGCCAGCUGUAUUGAUAUUUCUAAUGACGGCACUAAGCUGUGGACGGGAGGUCUGGACAACACUGUGAGGUCCUGGGACCUGCGAGAGGGUCGCCAGCUCCAACAGCACGACUUCACCUCACAGAUCUUCUCUCUGGGAUACUGUCCCACCGGCGAGUGGCUGGCCGUGGGGAUGGAGAACAGCAAUGUGGAAGUUCUGCACGUCACCAAACCCGACAAGUACCAGCUACACCUGCACGAGAGCUGCGUGCUCUCCCUCAAGUUCGCCCACUGUGGUAAAUGGUUUGUGAGCACUGGAAAAGACAACCUACUGAAUGCCUGGAGAACACCUUAUGGAGCCAGUAUAUUCCAGUCGAAGGAGUCUUCCUCGGUCCUGAGCUGCGACAUCUCUGUGGAUGACAAAUACAUCGUCACCGGCUCGGGGGACAAGAAGGCCACCGUGUACGAGGUCAUCUACUAGAGGGACUCCUCCGUGCCUGAGCACUUUGUGAGCUUUCUACGGUGUGAGACUCCACUUUUCUGACGCAUGGAUUUGUAUAAGAAAACGUUUUUUUUAAAAAUAGGAAAAAAAAGAGGGGGGUGGGGGUGCUCUCCAUGCGAACCCUGCCCCGCGCCCCCCCCCCCCCCACCUCCCACCCCCCAAAGAACAGAAUGCUGGCCUGGGGUUGACCCCCAAACCCUGCAGGGCGGAGUUUGACUGACCCAGCUCUUGUGUACAGAACCAUGGAUUUCCGCUUUUUACUUCUUACAAGGAGAACAUUAUAGCCCCGCCCACAGAAUGCCACGCCAGCACUCCACUCCAAUCAGUGAACAGGAAAGGUUUUCAGGGCAGUUCAUCUCCAGACUCUGCAUGAAGUUCUGAUCUCUCUGAACGCCGAAUACUUCCCCAGCACUGUGGCCCGCCCUCCCCCCGCACUCCCGCCCCCCCCUCAGAGAGCAGCCAGGUGAGGGAGGAUCACCUGACCUGUGCUGGGGGAGGACAGACAGACAGCUACAGACAGCUACAGACAGAAUUCGGCUGUGUAAUGGGGAGUAACUGACACUGGCUCCCCUGGUCGAGGAGCAGCCCGAUUCGAACCGGGCCUGCAUGAGUUCUACACUGGACGCGCUUUGAAAAUCUUUCUGAAAAGACACUAUAUUUCCUCUGCCAUUCCUAUGUAAAUAACACACCCAUUUUUUCCCUGGAACAAUCCGCGCAUUGAAUGCUUUAAGGACCCAAGUGUGUGGAUCUGCUGGUGCACAGUGCCUUCGCUGCUGGAGGUGGACUGGUGGAUAUGGGCAUCACUGUGGUAGUGUGCUGGUGUUGGUGUUCUGUCCGUUCCGAUGGUAGAUUCUAGAGCGCACUGACAGCCUUACACUCACGCACCUGAACGCACCUGAACGCACCUGAACGCACCUGUACUCUGGACCGGGCUGCGGCAACACUGUAGCACUUCGGAAUGUGACCUCAUUAUUCCCCUUCCUGUGUUUAGGGCGUGGCCGGGGUCAUGUGACCCAGUCAGUGUCAGUGCCGGAACAGUAGAGGAAGUGCAGCUGGGUGCUCAGGAAGAACGGGCCACACCCGCGACACGGACACCGCCAUUUCGCCGUGAAACACCGUCACCUCGUCCGCGUGCCGGCGCCGUACCGCGGCCGGCUGCUGGAGGGCGCCGUAGAGCUUUGGCGGCCGACGGGCGCAGCUCAUUACGCUUCACAGCCAGAGUGCUGAGAACACAACAUUCCGCUUCAUUAGUGUUACUUAGCAACGACCCAUUAGCGCCUGCACCAGUGUCGCUAACCCGGUCCGUUGGAGCGUUCUCUCCAGAGCGCCCGCACACGGGUCAGCGGUUGGGUGCGGUUCACGCGACCCAUGGCCUCCUGCCCUGCCCUGCCGUGCCCUGGCGCUGUGUGUUUACCUGCUGAAAAUAGUCGUUCUGGGGACGUCGGAAAAAGGUUUAUACAAUAACAGGUUGUACAUAGUUCUAACAGAAACCUCAGCCUUCUUUUUGGACAAACAAACAUAAAUAUAUAUGUGCAUAUGUGUGUGUACAUGUACAUGUAUGCAUAUGUAUGUACUGUAUAACUGUGUGUGCAUACAGUAUAUGUGAUACAGUGAUCAACUGAAACAAUUUUAUGAUAUUUUAAGAAGAGCUUUUUUUUCUCUCGACAUGAUGGAACAGACUCAAACAGGGAACUAACCACUGUCCGAUUUUAAAAAUGGUGGCUUUCCAGAGUCGCUACCUGAAGCUUAGUAGCUGUGAAAAGGCGUGAGAGAGCGGCUCUUAGACACAGACGAGGAAUGAAGAUGAAGUUUAACAGCGCCUGUAAUUACAGAACAGGCUCCGGGGCCUGGAGAGGAACACUGGAUCUGAAAGCACACUGUACAUCACCCACUGGCCACUCGAACUCCGCCUUUUAUAACCCCUCUCCCUUUGUAUAGCUCCUCCUCUUUCCGUUGCCCCUCCCACUUUAUUAACCACUCCUCCUUGUAUAACCCCUCCUCCUGGGGGAGGGGUUAUGGAGUCAGACAUGUGGUCCUCUGCAGUAAGCAUGUGACCAGAUUGUUGGAGUGUAAAAGGACGAUGAUGAUGAUGAUGAUGAGGAUGUGUCCAUUGUGAGGACAGUGUGUUUGACACAUGCUCUGUCACCUGCUGGAUAUCACACCUGCAUAAUGAGCUGGAUGGAUGGGGGGGAUGGGGGGGAGGGGGGGGGACUGCAACUGCUCUUCUGGUCUUAAAAGGACCAUGUGAGAAUAACUGAGGUGAAUAUGUAUAACAGUUGUACAUAAGCAAUGUUCUUUUCGUGUAAUCGUUUACAUAAGACUAUGUAAUCAAAGCAAAAUGUUCUGGAAAGCCCUGUCUCUAACCAUUCACUGCAUAGAACAUGACGAUUGGUGUAAACGAUGUUACCCGGAGUCGUGUUUAGAUCUCUGGUUUUCUACUGUACGUAACACUCUUAAAGACCUCACAAGAGAGCUCCUGCCUCAGCUUUGGUAUUGAAUAGUUAAGACACUAUUUUAUAAAUGGAGAAAAAAACAUGUACGCUUAUAAAUGAAACUACCUGUUGCUAGUUGUUACUGUUUUCUUUAAUACAAAAUGCAUUUUGUCUGUUUUUUCUAGUCUGUGUCUAAAUUUAUUAAAAUCCUGUGCAGAGCUA